AUGUCAGACGAAGUGGAGCGCCAGCAAUACACGCGGAGGAAGCAGCAAGACUACACAGGCUUUGAAGACACUCUGCCUGUGUCAGUGUGGGAGAAGAUGCGCAGAGCCAACAACCUGAGGAGGCGGACAGAUGCGCUCUGCGGCCUCCUACACAGCAUGGGCUUGCGCAGUCCCACGGAACGGACGCUGGCGAACAUGACGGCUAUGAACGGCGCCUCUACGGGGCAGAGUUGUGAGCCACGCACUACGCGUGCGUGGCCGGACACGACGUCUGCGGGGCAAGACGCACGCGCUGCGCGCGCGUGCGGGGGGACGCUGCCUCCUGGGCAGAAAGGGGAGCCACGCACUGCGCGUGCGUGGCCAGGGACUGCGCCCGCGGGCCAGAAUGGGGAGCCGCGCACUCCUGGACAGCUCCGGCCGCAGCGUGACUUCCCGGCCGACGCGCCGGGGAAGCAAAUAGUCAACUCCUGGACUUGCCGCCACUGCGAGAAUAUCAAGAGCAUGGUCCAGCGUCAUCUGGGGACCUUGGACAAAGCUUCACUCUUACCCAGGAUGCUGUUGAGCGUCGUUGAUGAAACGAACAAGCACGGCUUGAAUGCGUGGGGCUUGCGGGCCCCGAGCAGAGGGGCGGAUCUACACUUGCAACACACGCUGCGGGAUGCGACCCUGCAGGAAAGUCGUGGCCUGUCUCUUUGGCAUUGCAAGAUCGAAGUGGGCGACGUGCUUCUUUGGGCUUCUACAGGCAUCAUUGUCGAGCGCUGCCUGUGCGGCAACGCCUGUGGUGUUCGCGUUGGGGGGAAGCCUCUCACUCUGGCAUCCGCUGAAAGAUGGGGCAGCGUGUGGCAGCCAAACAUGGCACAAGAGGAUGGCUUGACCCUGAACGACUUCCAGCUAGCAGAACAGGCCUUCAGCAUGCUCGAUGAGACGGUUCCGGACUUCGAGAACGGCAUGAAGGUUCUCAAAGGACUCCUGUGCCUGGUCCUGCUGAUGGUUUUUUGGAUUGGUCGAUUGACCAAAGCUGCACCGGCGGCAAAGCCUGUGGUGGUUGCCCAUGCCGAGACCCAGAAGGAUGAAGCGAUCGUGCCUUCGCGUCUCCGCGAGCUUCUCAAGGCUGAGCAGGAUCGAAGUGCUCAGUUCCGAGCAGCCGCCACAGAGGCCAAGAAGGGGAUGGAGCUUGGAAUAGAGGAGCGCAACCAGCUCUACCAGCUGCUGGGUGAUGGAGCCCGACUCCUGCGGAAGUUGAUGAUGAAGAUCGAUGACCACAUGGAAGUGUGCCCUCACCGGGUACCAGUGAUGGCAUCCCGCCAUGGAGAGUGCUGGCACUUUGACUCGCGCCAUUGCGCUGAAGCUGUGGUCGACCGGAACCGCAUGAGGCUCCGACACUGCGCCUACUGCGCAGAUCCCCAUGGGCCGCUGGAUAGGAACUUGGUCACCUGGGGUGGCGGCUUACUUCCGGCCGUGAGCACUUUGGACUCCAAGAUUCGAGAAAAGGCGCUCUACAGUUACUACCUCCCGAAACUGGCAGAAGAUGGACAUUCUGAUGAGGUGAUCAACCGCUGCAUCGCCAAAGCUGGAGUUGGUGACAGGAGUGCAGCUCGAUCUGCAAGUACCGGGACGCUUCUGGGCGCGAGGAGAGACGCGCGAGAUGUUGCCUGGAUGUCACACAGUCAUUCUUUGAAGCAUGGGCGAAGCGAGACACAAGGGACCAGAUCAACAGCGACGCCUGUUCAGAUUCGGCGCCGAGGAGAAGACCGAGUUCACCGCAGCUACAUUGCAGGGCCUGAGCGGCAAUGGGGGCCAUUGGCCAAAAUGCUUCACAAAGGUGGCGGUACUUUACCUCAACCUGCCCAAUCGUCCGCUCCGCUUUAG